CCGUCGGCGGUGAUCGAGAUUGCCCUCCGGCGAACGAUGGUGCAGCUCGUGGAUGCGGCGACCGUCGUGUGUCUUCGGCCAUCGACGACUGCCGACGCCAGCAACAAGUGGGACGUGCUCCUUGCGCAGAGCGAGGUCAAGAACUGGCUGCGGUCCACGCCGACGACGACCGUGCUCAUGCGGUACCCUGGCGAGUGGAAGUUUCCUGGCGGCCAAAAGGACAUGAGCGACGAGAGCCUCCGGGCGACGGCGCUGCGGGAGCUGCGCGAAGAGCUACUCGGUAUUCAAGUGCCCGAGACUGCGCGUCUGCACUGGGUGAGCACCAAGGAGACGCGCAUCGUCAAGGGCCGUCGGUACCGCAUGCACAACUUUGCGGCGCUCGCAACCGAGAAUGCAUGGCUGCAGCUUGAUACGCUGGUGAACGAGAUCAACGCCAACCUCGCAGCGAAGCGUGACGCGUUUGCGCUGGCGCUGGCGACCGGCGACUUUUGGGCCAUGGAGACCGAGGCCAAGCACGGCCUGUCGCCCGAGGUCCGGUCGAUCGCGUGGUUUCGCAUGGACGCAGCGAUCGCGCUCCUCUCGGGCGACACGCCUUUUGUCAACGCCUUUCAAGAAACCGAGUUCGCCACGUACAGCAUUACCGCCCGCGACCCGAUGUACCAGAGCAUGAUGACGCUCAUGGAUCUCGCGUCGCUGGACGCGGCCGAUUUCGCCUUGCGGGCCAAGGUCUGAGACCGUUCUCGUCGUCGUCGGAUAGUAUCUAUUCCUAUCCAGAUUGCCCUUGUCUACUAUCCUGGAUACGAAUUUUGUGUACAUAAUGCAUGUGUUUAAGCAUCG